AUGGGGUUUAAUCCACUGUUCACCAUACUUAAGGAUAACAAACUUACCGGACCUAACUAUAUUGAAUGGAAACGUAAUUUGGACAUUGUGUUGACUGCUGAAGAGUACAAGUUUUGCACUUAUGAACCCAAGCCUGAGCAGCCCGCUGCUGAUGCUCCUGAUGAGGAGAAAGAGUAUUAUAAGCGGUGGACAAAGGCUGAUGAGAUGUCGCGAUGUUACAUUCUGGCAGCAAUGUCGGGUGUUUUGCAGCAUCAGCAUCAGGCUAUGGCCACUGCUUCGGAUAUGCUCUUUAAUCUCAAAGAACUUUUUGGAGAUCAGAAUAGGGCUGCUAGGCAAGUAGCCAUGAAGGCUUUAAUGAACACUCAGAUGGCUGAAGGUACACCUGUAAGGGAUCAUGUUCUCAAGAUGAUGUCACAUCUGAAUGAGAUAGAGAUCCUUGGUGCAGAGCUUGACGGGGAAACCCAGAUUGACAUUAUCCUUAUGAGCUUGCCCAAGAGUUUUGAGCAGUUCCGCUUGAAUUACAACAUGAACAAGAGGCAGUACAGUCUUGCGGAACUGCUGACAGAACUUCAGGCAGCUGAAGGGUUAUUUCGCCAGAGUGUUCAAGUGAAUGUGGCUGAGAAAGGUUCUUCCUCUAAGCCGAAAGGCAAUAAGAAGAAGAAAAAAAAUAAGAAGCAAAAUAACAGGAAGAAGGUGAAUAAGUGCAGUGCUAGUUAUGAAGUUGGUGGAGGUUAUUUACAAGAGGAAUUGAAUGCUAGAGAUAGCACAAGAAAAAAGCAGCAGGGGAAAGAGGAGCCAUCUGUUGAUUCUUCUGCUUAUUAUCAAGCUAUCCUUAAAGGUGGGGAUCAAGUCACCCUCUGUUCUUGA